AUGCUGCGCAAGAAACAACACGGCCUCACCUCUCUCCUUCUCUCACUAUGGCCUCUCUCUCUCUUUCUCCCUCAUCACAACCUCUCUCUCUCCAACGCCAUGGCCUCUCCCCCUCCCUCUCCAGGGCCUCUCUCUCCCUCCCUCUCCAGGGCCUCUCUCCCCCUCCCUCUCCAGGGCCUCUCUCCCCCUCCCUCUCCAGGGCCUCUCUCCCCCUCCCUCCCUCCAGGGCCUCUCCCCCUCCCUCUCCAGGGCCUCUCUCCCCUCCCUCUCCAGGGCCUCUCUCCCUCCCUCUCCAGGGCCUCUCUCCCUCCCUCUCCAGGGCUCUCUCUCCCCCUCCUCUCCAGGGCCUCUCUCUCCCUCCCUCUCCAGGGCCUCUCUCUCCCUCCCCUCUCCAGGGCUCUCUCCUCCCUCUCCAGGCCUCUCUCCCUCCCUCUCCAGGGCCUCUCUCCCUCCCUCUCCAGGGCCUCUCUCCCUCCCUCUCCAGGGCCUCUCUCUCCCUCCCUCUCCAGGGCCUCUCUCCCUCCCUCUCCAGGGCCUCUCUCCCCCUCCCUCUCCAGGGCCUCUCUCCCUCCCUCUCCAGGGCCUCUCUCUCCCUCCCUCUCCAGGGCCUCUCUCCCCCUCCCUCUCCAGGGCCUCUCUCCCCCUCCCUCUCCAGGGCCUCUCUCCCUCCCUCUCCAGGGCCUCUCUCCCCCUCCCUCUCCAGGGCCUCUCUCCCCCUCCCUCUCCAGGGCCUCUCUCCCCUCCCUCUCCAGGGCCUCUCUCCCCUCCCUCUCCAGGGCCUCUCUCUCCCCCUCCCUCUCCAGGGCCUCUCUCCCCUCCCUCUCCAGGGCCUCUCUCCCCCUCCCUCUCCAGGGCCUCUCUCCCCCUCCCUCUCCAGGGCCUCUCUCCCUCCCUCUCCAGGGCCUCUCUCCCCCUCCCUCUCCAGGGCCUCUCUCUCCCUCCCUCUCCAGGGCCUCUCUCCCCUCCCUCUCCAGGGCCUCUCUCCCCUCCCUCUCCAGGGCCUCUCUCCCCCUCCCUCUCCAGGGCCUCUCUCUCCCUCCCUCUCCAGGGCCUCUCUCCCCUCCCUCUCCAGGGCCUCUCUCCCUCCCUCUCCAGGGCCUCUCUCCCCCUCCCUCUCCAGGGCCUCUCUCCCCCUCCCUCUCCAGGGCCUCUCUCCCCUCCCUCUCCAGGGCCUCUCUCUCCCCUCCCUCUUCAGGCCCUCUCUCCCCCUCCCUCUCCAGGGCCUCUCUCUCCCUCCCUCUUCAGGGCCUCUCUCCCCCUCCCUCUCCAGGGCCUCUCUCUCCCUCCCUCUUCAGGGCCUCUCUCCCCCUCCCUCUCCAGGGCCUCUCUCUCCCUCCCUCUCCAGGGCCUCUCUCUCCCCUCCCUCUCCAGGGCCUCUCUCCCCCUCCCUCUCCAGGGCCUCUCUCCCCCUCCCUCUCCAGGGCCUCUCUCCCUCCCUCUCCAGGGCCUCUCUCCCUCCCUCUCCAGGGCCUCUCUCCCCCUCCCUCUUCAGGGCCUCUCUCCCCCUCCCUCUCCAGGGCCUCUCUCUCCCUCCCUCUCCAGGGCCUCUCUCCCUCCCUCUCCAGGGCCUCUCUCUCCCUCCCUCUCCAGGGCCUCUCUCCCCCUCCCUCUCUUCCCUUCCAUCCUAUCUCUACCCCUCUCUCUCGCUCCAAAAUCGCGGCUCCCCUCUGUCCUGCCUUGGUCUUUUCAAUUGGACCUGAAUGA